CCCACCGUUUCCUAGAAACCCUAACCUAGGAUACUCGGAGGCGACGGUCGCGGCGUCUGAACCCCAAAGUAGAGAGAGAUAUAGGGCUAUGGCGGGUGGCGUCAAGAAAGAUCGCGAGGUGAGGAUGGAGAUCCAGCCGCCUAAUCGCAGUGUUUCCAUCUCAAUCGACCAGGCGGUGCGACAGAUGCAGAGAGGAGGGAAAAGCGCCGGGGAAGAAGGCAAGGCGAGGACAGGUGAUGAGAUGGAGAUGGGUCCCAAAUUCCGAGAGCUCGGUAAGUGUACGGAUAUCUCUAUCAAUGAGAUCGCGCGCCAGUUACGGAGGGAUUGGAUUAGCGUCGUGGGAGAAGACGAGGGGAGGACGACUGCUAAGAUGCACGCCAUGGAAUACUUUCUUGAAGAGGCGGUCUCCCGCUGUUUUGAAGCGACUGUUUUUGGAGUUCGUGAAGGGGGAGGCCAUCAAGUACGCGUAUGGUCAGGAGAUGAACCGGGGGAGCUGCAGUUCUGAACGGCCGAGUGAAAUCCAACCACCCAGCAAUUCCCAGUUCAACUCCGAGGAGGUGUCAGAGUAUCAGCAGGAUAUGAUCCGGCCAGACUGCAGUUCCGAAAUCUACCCCACUGAGAAGCUGAGUAUUGCCUUGAAGGAGGCGGUGGCUGACCAGAUGCGUGAGGUCCGCAAGUUUCAAGAUGAGGAGAGAAGACUGAGGGGGUGGCUGAUCCCUUACCAACCUCAGGAGCUGAUCAAGGUCGAGGAGCUGAUCAAGGAGGAGGAGACUGCCGAGUUAACAGAAUCAGCCAAGGAGGAGAUGGAUCAGGAGGAGAGGCUCUUCGAGGAAUACCGUAGAGAUUGGGAAUGGCAAGCCACCGCCCUCAGGGCUUUGGGUUCCUUCAAGGACAGGACCACAUUGUGUCCCAUGCAAUUUACGCAUUUCACGGAUAAACAGAUCCGAGGUCUUACUGGUGCCACUGGGAGCGUCUUGCAGAUCUACUCCAUCAAAAUUGCUGCCAUAAAAUGCGAAAGCUUGAACUGGCCACUCCAUGUGUACGGCGAGGUUACUGGGCGGGACAGAGUGGAUCGCAACCGCAACAUUCUCUUCUCUCGGUAUAGGAGUAAUUGCCAAGAACUCACCAUUGACGCAAGAUCCUUUUCUGCACCUGAUUGGCCCAUCUCGGGCAAUUGUGACGGACAAUCCGGUGUUCUUUGAAGUCCAACUAAAAGUUAAGGGCAGAACAAAGUCUCGAGACAGUGUGUUGAUGAAUCGCACAUACCAGUACUGUGAUGGUUACACUGGUCAUCCAUCUACCGCUGUCUUUGACAACUGCCGUUGCACGGCGGAGAUAAGCUUUGAGAAACUUUAUGCAACAGUCCAGGCCACUAUCCUGAGUGUCCACGUUGUUGAUGCCGAAUACGAAGACGAUCCAUGCACUUUCAAGCAUGGAGGCCGGGUUACCUGCUUCUCGCCGCUCCGUGAAAUUGCGCUCAUAGAUACUCAAGGCGCCGUUGCAGAGGUUAUAGAUGACCCGGCGAGGCCAGUUGUAUUGCUUGAUUGGCAUGAUCGUGAUGGUACUGGAGAAAUGCCAAUGUCGUUAGAUGCAUCCCUUCUUUUGUCAAGACGUGUUGUCUCUGUAGAAUUACAGAAAACCCAUCCUGCUGCUGCUGGAUAUAAAGAAUGCUUGAAAAUCAUCGUGCAAGCCUACUCGCAGUCUGGUAAUGUCGCAGCGCAAGGUUAUGUUAAGUUCAGGCCCAAACAUUAGAAUAUAAGUCAAGCUGUAUGUGUUAUUGGUGACUCUACGGUAGAGAUUACUGUUGCUUGGUCAGUCCUUGUGGGGAGCAAGACAUUUCUUUUGUGAGAGGAGUAUUUGUUUUGAUGGUGCCCAAUUAUCUAGUCACUUAUGUUUGCCAGGGGUCUGUUUUUAAGUAUCUGUGUAUCCAUCAGCUAUGUACUAUAUAUUAAGAUGUCCCAACUAUCUGUGUAUGGAUCGGUUAUGUAAGAUGCCAACUAUUUGUAAGUGGACUAUGAUUUACAACUUAAUGUGCUGUGAGGUACUUAUGGUUUGGUUUUCUGCUAUAAGGAUGUAUGAAUUAGUUCUUGUUUU